UACUAGUAUGGUACCGUACCGUAGCGACAGCGCUUCCGCAUGCUGAACAACCCCAGCUGAAAAAAGUGCGGUGCAGUAAGCUUUCAGGGAGUUGACUCGGCUGCAAGGACUUGCCAAGGACGCAAGGACUGCGCAACACUGCUGCCCAAAGCACUCCUUUGCCUUAUUGCGACCGUGCAUUGAGUUCGAUCGUGUCAAUAACUCGGAGUGGUGGUCAGCAACAGCUACAUAAACAAAUCAAAGUAGCUGAAGACGACAACAAUACGGUAGGGCUCCUCGCCAUGUUUUCUUCAGCCAGCAAAAAGAAUUUUGGCACUCGGACUCCGCUUGUCCUCCGCUGCGCUGCUUUUCUUGGAUACGCCGAGAUCUCGCGACGAGGGGUGCGAUUGCUGUUUUGGGACUCUCUCAUUGGGGGUGAUGAUGUUGGUCGAAAGGUCGACGACGCUUGCUGGGCCAUUCUGCUGUUUGCAGGCGUCUACUUGGUGGAAACACUGAAUGCUCUCUUUCUUGGUUGGAUUUCCUUGCAGGGAGCGCACAUGUUCCACAUGUACGAACACCACUUGACAGGUCUUGGACUCGGUUUGGCACUUUCCGCCUAUGUUCACACCAAUGAUGAUGCCACGGUUCAAUCCUUUGUGGAUCUGGUGCAGCUUCCUCUGAGCGUUGGGUUGCUGGCGCAUUUGUGCGAAACGUGGGCCGUCGCAAGAACUUUUUUGCCCGUUCCAGACGAGAGAAAAUGGAAGGCUGUCCAACGUUUGCUGGGUGUGGUCCUCAUGGCGGCGUUGUCCAUUUGCAUUUUGACUUGUUUCCACAAGUAUCUUCAGCAACCUUCCCAUCAACAGGGAACCUCAUUGAUUGAGAUGACUGUGGUCGUAUUGUCCCUGUGUCUUGCCUGUUAUGUGCACCCUUCCUAUGUGUAUAGUCACACCAGGGCAUUGUGGAAGAUCCUACAUGAGCCAAAAUGCAGCAAGCCUUGAACAUCCAGGCUAGCGAUACGAGGAAGCUAUAGACACAACUCGGAUCUUGCUCUGCUUGGAGACCCACUGUCGGGCUGAAGCAUCAGAAUGAAUCAGCAACAUUGACUCUCCAACAACCCAGUCUCCUUGGCAGAAUUCGAUGUGCAACGAAAGUAUUCUUCUUGUAAAGAAAAAGAGCCGAUUGCUCGUAUAUGUAGUACCUUCGCAACGAUAAGUCUCUAUAAAAGAUUGUUCAAUGUACCGGUAGACCCGAGCACGGCGCUUGUAUUGCACAUUGUCCGAACUAUCUCUGUAUAGGGGUCCUGUAACUCAAGAACGAAAGAAUGGCUUUCAAGGUCCAGGAUGGAAACUCAAAGAGGCCUGUCCGUCUUGCCCAGAGAAGGUCUGAGGACUUACCUUACGAUAUGAAGUUCCUAG